GGUUGAAGAAGAAAUACACAGAGAAGGCUUGGCUGUGGUUGAUUAGAAAUACAAAGCGUUACACAUGUAUAAUAUAAAGCCAGAAGAUCUGUGUUAUAAAUACAAGUUCUGCGCCAUAUUCUCAUCCUACUGAUGUUAUACUAACAGUAAUGAGCAGUGUCUGAUCUCCAGAAACGAGCUUUACAUGCAGGAAUCCGCACUCAGAUCUGGUCUGAAUCAGAAACGUUUCCUCGCAUUGUUUGUUUGUUUGUUUGUUUGUUUGUUUAGUUAAUGGCUCUGCAGGUUGCUUGCUUGUCUUUUAGACAGCCAUACGCAGGUCUCGUGCUGAAUGGUGUGAAAUCUGUAGAGACACGCUGGCGCCCUCUGCUGGCGGAGAUGAAGAACUGCACUCUGGCCAUCCACAUAGCACAGAAGGACUGGGAAGGAGACGACUGGAGAAACAUCCUCAUGGAGAAUUUGGCCAUGAAACAGUCUGAAGUAGAAGAGCUUCUGGAAUCCGGGGAAAGAUAUGGCCGUGGUGUUGUGGCAGGUCUUGUGGAUGUUGGGGAAACAUGGCUCUGUUCUGAAGAUGUCCCUCCAGAGCAGAUGAGAGAGCUGGAAAAAGCAGCUUGCCUGACUGGACUUGCCCAAAAAUACCUCACGAGACUGUCCAGUCCGCGCUGGCUCACACAGCCGCUGUAUUCAAGAGGCCAUAAAGACGUGUGGAUGGUAAGGAUUCCAGCACAUCUGCUACCUUCUGAUCCUGUGGCUGAGUUAUUCUAGCAGUCACUGAGACUUGAAGUGCUGUCAGUUUACUGACAUACUGACAGAUCUGUGAAUGAUUGUAUCAAUGACUAUUCUUUUUUUCACAGUUAUUCUUCUUAUUCACUGGCACCAAAUGUUUUCCCUUUACUAGCAAUAACUUCUUAAUCCCAUAUUGCUCAUUUACAAUACUAGAAAUUAAAUACAUCAUAUAUCUAAUACCAGUGUUGCUUCAAAAACCUUUUAUUUUGAAUGUAGGUGUAAGAUUUUAGGAUAUAUUAGCAAAAAUGCUGAUUUAUUAAAGCGGUCACUCCGAGACUUGCAGAUGAGGUGAUGAAAGAAAUAAAAAAAAAAAAAAAAAAAAUCCCUCUAUCAUGACCUUUCUUGUCUAUAAGCAGUUUACUCAAUCAUUUUGUUUUUACUCUGUUAUAACUGAGUAAAAAGAAAUCAAGUAUUUAAAAUCAAAAUUGUUGCACUACCCUUUAUUAUGUGUCUACAGUCAAAAUCAUGUAAACACCUAGACUUGGUUGGUGUCUGUGAAGAAAGCUGAGAACCUUGGUCAUGAACAGUUGCUUUUUAAGAUAUGAUGUAGCUCAUCUAGCUUCUCCCAUUUGAUAGAUCUGGAAGCCUUCGAGCAAUGUUCUGAGAUACAGUUUUGCAAUGAUGUGAUGAUAACCAUCUCAGCUGAAUGUCAAGAUGUCAAAGGAAAUUAUUUUUGAUCCAAAAGGAAUUGCUGACCACAGGCCUGCCACUAUUUAUAAAAAAAAAAAAACAUGUCCCAAGUUUCUUAUUUCUUAUUACUUACAUGAUAUUCUUAAGUAUCUGGGUGUAGAUAUUGACAGCAUAGUGUGGUGGAAGACAUACUUUGCUAAACUUUGUGUUAGACUGCAGCAAAAUUAUCCUUUCUGCAAAGACUGCAGAUUUUUGGAGUAGAACAGAAGCUCGCAAACUUUUACAGGGAGAUAUUGGAGAACAUCAUAAGGUAUUGCAUUCUAGCUUGGUUUGGUAAUUUUUACAGUACACCAAUGGGAGUUAACACUCUUCUCUUGAGUUGAUUUAUGAGCAUUCUGAACCCAUCUGUACUCUGAGUACCAGGUUCUUCCUCUGGGCAGUAACUUUUCAAUGCCAACGUGUAAAUAAAACCAGUUCAAAAAUCUGGUUAUUUUGUACCUGCAUAAAGCAUCAAGCUGAUAUAGUGGUAUGUAUAUAUGUAUGCGUGUAUGUACAAUUACGACUGAAUUGUGCAGAACUUAUGGUUUUUUUUUUUUUAAUGUAAUAAUAAGCAAGUGGUUAGAAAGAAAAAUUCCCCCAGUGGGACAAUAAAGAUCCUCUCAUCACAAAAUUAUUACAUUCAUGUGUGCAACUGAAAUAAAAACUAUUUAAACUUGUCAAGAUGAUCCACAUAUAAAAUAUCAGUAACUCAUACCUCAGAGUAUGAGUCGAAGCCUAUAAAUCAUUCACAUUAAUGAGUCCGUACACAUACGUACAAUUACACAAACUCAGUUCUUGUAGGAUAUGAAUGCUUUAAUGAACUAGAUUUUUUUUAUUGUGGAAAUGCUCCUAUGAACAAUUUACAAAUAAAUUCAUAUCCAACUUGAUAAAUGAGGCCAAUUGUUUGCACAUCAAAAUGGUCUUGAAAGGGUAAACUUUAUUAGUUGGUAUUAUAUAUAACAUUUUAAUGUAGUAGUGACACCUGUGAUAUAGGCAGAGACGGAUUCAAAUGCAGUGAGAGUUUAUUGUACAACAUACCAGCAAACAAAUCCAAAUCAGAAGUCAAGAUCAUAAUCCAAAAACAGGCAGUAGUUCAGGCAAUGUACAAACCCUACAAAAGCUGGGUAAGUCAGGUAUAAUCACACUGAGCACUACUUUGCAAAUGAGUGCAUGAACCUGAGGCCCUUAUAUACUGUGAAGUGUGAAUGUACUCAGGUGUGUGUGAUUAAAAGUUAGGCGACUGUAUACGUGACAAAGUCCCUUCUUGGGAGGUGUAGUCUAUGGUGGCCAUACUUGUAGGCUGCAGUGUGUUCUGGGAAAUCGAGUUCUCUGAGACUAUGGGAAUUGGCCUGACACCCAUAUCCAAGCUAAACUCUGUGAAAAAAUCAUACCAUUUAGUUCAUCAACAAGUUCGUGUAAAUGUAAUUAAACAAACCUUGGUGCUCUAAAUCUGUAGUAAUUCUUAUGCAUUUUGAAUUUUAAAGAACAGUAUAGGAACUGAAUUUGGAGACCACAGCUUAUGUUUGUUUUCUUUGUUUAUGGACUACUGUAACCAUUCUGAUUUGUACUUUAGGAAAUUGACAAAGAUGUUUAUAUGCCAUGUAAACUACACACAUAUAUCAUAAGAUUAUUCAAUGUUCAUUAUGAAACUGAUUACCUGAAUGUAACAGCAUUCGACUACCACUCACGGCAUCUGAUCUUAAACUCUAUAUGUAUAUAUAUAUUUUACUCCACAUUUAAAUUUAUUUUUCAUUUCUUUCUUUUAUGGGCUUAUCUUUUUCCCCAACUAAUUAACAAGUAAUCAGUAGUUAAAUAUUCACACUGAGAUACUGUGUUGGCAAAGUUACAAAUAAAUAUUA